AUGGCGGGAGCAAAUCCUAAUGCUACUGUGAUGUGCUCGCAACCGAUACUGACAUCAACACCAUGUCAAGCUAAGGGGUGUCAACGUUCAUCUGCUACAACCUGUGAUCAUUGUAAUAAACAUGUAUGUCGUUUCCAUUUCAAUGAACAUGCUCAAUCACUCACAGAAGAAUUGUAUGAAUUAACUUCUCAAAUUAUUCAGUUGGAUGAAGAAAUAAAACAGUUGGAUCUUGCUUCAUUGAAAAAACACACUUUGGAGAAAUUAACCGGAUGGCAUAAACAAGGUAUUGAACGACUAAAUACUUUUUAUGAAGAGAAAAAAAUGGAAAUUGAUCAAGCACUUGUUAAUGGAAGGAACUAUCUUUGUCAAACAGCUGAGAAAUUAAAAGAAGAAACAAAUGCUUUACUGCAAGAUAAUGAAUCAAAAUCAAAUUCUGGUCCUGGUUAUUUAUUUGGAGGAUUUAAAAAUGAGAUAUAUUAUCGAUGGCCGGUUGAUCAUGUUGAUGAGGUUAAAUACAAUCGAAGAGAAUUUUUAUUUACAUUAACAAAUCCACAUCAAAUACGACCAAUGAUAGUCGAGGAAGGAGGACAAAUUCAUAUGUUCCAGGAAUUUCAACGACCUACAAGUCCAAUGAUGUAUGUUUCGAACUAUAUAGGUCAUAUUAUCAUUCGACCAGAUCCAGAUAAAAAUGCACAUUCGACAUUUAACUUUCCUCCGUCGAUUUCCAUGAAGUAUCUUGAGGAUUCACAAUUCGAGGCGUGUUCAAACGUUGAUCUUCUAUCAAACGGAUUCCAGCGGGGAACUGGCGAAUUCGAGUCAGAACUAGAAACAGCCAAUGCAAUUCCAUGUACCGAGAUUGACAUGGAUAAAACGAAAUUAUUUACUAACUCAGUUAAUUUCAUGGUCAAUGAAAUUGAAGUUUAUCUAGCCGUAUGAACUCAAUAUAACUGCAAAUUUGACAUGUUAAUCGAUUGUGAACAGAAAACAUAUUGAAAUUUUUUUUGUUAAUCAAGAAAAUGUGUUGCACUUUAGAGACCAUUACCUUCUUGAUGUGCCAUUCUUUGAUGAGUAAUACUUGAGAAUUUUCUAAAACCUAUACAAUCUUUUGCUAAAAGAAUUAAACAUGAGGGUGUGGGUGUGGGGUGGCUGGAUGUGUGUGUGGAUGGUGUGGGUGUGGGUGUGGAUGAGUGCGGGUGUGCGUGUAGGCUGUUGGGUGUGGGUGUGUGUGUAGGCUGUUGGGUGUGGUGUGGGUGUGGGUGGGUGUGGGUAUGGGUGUGGGGUGUGUGGUGUGGGUGUGUGGGUGUGGGUGUGGGUGUGGGAGCGUGUUUCUAAUUAUAUCCCAGCCCGCACCCACACCCCACCCACACCCACACACCCAACCCCCCACCCAGACCCACACCCACACCCACACCCUUAUUGUUUCCUUAAAAAACCUUAGUCUGAUGGUAAAAUUAUAACGGCAAACUUCCAGCAAUGUAGUAAAGCGUUGGAUGCUCUGACACCGAUUUAGGCUUCCCAACUUU